AUGGAGGUUGUCGAGGAGAUCGAGUACGAGGCGUUACCCGCAAACGCGUCGCUUGGUACCAACAUGAUGGCAGGUGCGAUGGCUGGAAUUACGGAACAUGCAGUCAUGUACCCUGUAGACAGCAUCAAAACGCGAAUGCAAGUUUUCGCGACAUCUCCGUCGGCCGUGUAUACCGGAAUCGGAAAUGCCUUCACCCGAAUAUCAUCUACGGAGGGAAUGCGCGCUCUAUGGCGAGGGGUAUCAUCGGUAAUCCUGGGUGCGGGCCCAGCGCAUGCGGUGCAUUUCGGGACAUACGAGGCGAUCAAGGAGCUUGCGGGCGGAAAUAUUGAAGGAAACCGGAAUCAGUGGCUUGCUACAUCACUGGCGGGGGCCGCCGCUACAAUUGCGAGCGAUGCGCUGAUGAAUCCAUUUGACGUGAUCAAGCAAAGAAUGCAGAUACACAAGUCAGAGUUUCGGUCCCCCAUCGUCUGCGCCCGCACGGUGUACCGUACUGAGGGACUCGGCGCGUUCUAUAUCUCGUACCCCACUACGCUCACCAUGACCGUGCCGUUCACGGCCGUGCAGUUUACCGCGUACGAGCAACUUAAGACAUUGCUCAACCCCUCCGGCUCUUACUCCCCUGCGACACAUAUGAUUGCUGGCGGCCUCGCGGGCGCGAUUGGGGGCGCCGUCACGACGCCGCUGGAUGUGGCGAAAACGAUAUUGCAGACGAGGGGUACGUCGCACGAUCCAGAGAUUCGGCAAUGUCGGGGGCUUGCGGACGCGUUCCGGAUCAUUUGGAAGAGGGAUGGACUGAAGGGAUUCUCGCGGGGACUCUCACCACGCGUACUGACGUUUAUGCCGAGCAACGCACUAUGUUGGCUAUCAUAUGAGUUCUUCAAGGCUGCGAUACGGGAAUAA